UUUGCUUUGCAAUUUGCAUAGUCUACUUGACAUGCGAGUUGCUAUUCUUUUACCCAUGAGAGAAUUAGGAGGAAAAUUUAGUCGGUCGGCAGCACCACAUGUUCCACCUCAACCUCAGAGCUAGGUGGCUAAGCUAUAGGGGGUAAAGGUAAAAGUAACAUCACAUAAAAGAACUGAAGAAGAGCCACGUAUCCCAACCAGUCAGACAACAGAGAGAGCAGCAGCAGCACAUUUUGAUUUUUGAAAUUUGAACUCUUGAAUAGAGGAAGGAAUUGCAGUGAGGAGUCAGGAGAGCCCUGAGCACUUCCUGCUGGCUUCUGUUACGAUUGGAAGCGAAAAAGAGCAAGAUGAGCGAAACAGAGAAGAACCCACAGUUUGAAAUUUGAAGAGACAGGGCAAGAGAAAUGGAAAGAAAAGAAAAAGGCGUGGAGAGAGGAGGGAAAGGCAAAAAGCAACGAGAGUUGGACGAUAGCAAAAAGUUCAAACGCGGGAUUAUACAACUAGGGAAAAGAGGAGGCCCAUCUACUCCAUCGUCCACUUGGAGGCUCGAGUUCUCUUCUCUAAAUGGAAGUAACAGCAACAACCCUGUUCGAGAAUUCCUCAAUACCACCACUACCGUUUCUGCUAGAAAGCUGUGUGCCAACCUUUGGGAGAUUCAGCCCCAGCUCCAACUAUCACUUUCUAAAAUGAGCAAGAAAAUUGGUCCUAAAGGAGCUCGCUGUGGCCACCACAAGUCCAACAAGCCUCUUGAGCUUCGCACUCAUUUGGUCGACCCUCCUAAUAACUCACAUGAUCAGCCAGCAAGUGCAAGUCCCUCAAGAACACAUGUUGCGCAAUCAUUGAUGCAACACCAUCGAUCAGUUGAUAGAAACAGUCACGCACUACAGCCCUUAUCUUCUGCAAGUUGUGGUAGCUCAAUGGAGGUGGCGCCUUGUAACCCUAGGGGGUCUUCCAGUAGUUCUUUGGAUUUUAAGGGCAGGAUGGGUGAGUCAAGUUAUAGCCUUAAGACAUCAACAGAAUUACUCAAGGUACUCAAUCGGAUUUGGAGUCUUGAAGAACAGCAAGCAUGCAAUUUGUCGCUGUUAAAAUCUUUAAAAAUGGAACUAGAUCGUUCUCGAUCACAAAUAAAGGAGUUGCUAAAAGAGAAACAAACUAAUGGGCGAGAAAUAGAUGGCUUAAUGAAGCAAGUUGCAGAGGAUAAAGUUGUUAGGAAGAAUAAAGAGCAUGAUCGAAUCAAAGCUGUCAUUCAGUCAGCACGAGAAGAGCUAGAAGUUGAGAGGAAGUUAAGGAAGCACUCAGAAAGCUUGCAUCGGAAGCUAGCUCGAGAGUUUUAUGAAGUGAAAUCAGCUUUCUCUAAUGCUUUAAAAGAACUUGAGAGUGAGAGGAAAGCACGGAUUUUAUUGGAGAACUUAUGUGAUGAAUUUGCUAAGGGAAUAAGAGAUUAUGAACAAGAGGUGCGGUCCCUAAGGCACAAACCUGAGAUGGAUCAUGCUACUAUUGACCGCUUGGUUCUCCAUAUCUCAGAAGCAUGGCUUGAUGAGCGGAUGCAAAUGAAACUGGCAGAAGCUCAAAAUGACCUUACAGAAAAGAAUACAAUUGUUGACAAGUUAAGUCUAGAUAUAGAAACCUUUCUCGAAGCUCGACACUCCAAUGAAUUGAAGAAAGAUGGUAAUUUUGUUAACGAGGCAAUAAAAAAUUGCGCACGGCGGGAGUCCUUUCCACUAAAUGAGGCUGUAAGUGCACCUCGAGGUACUGCUGAUGAAGAAGGUUCUAUUGAGAGCAAUUCUCAUUGUAUUGAGCUAAACAAGAGUAUAGGUAAAAAACGAAACACAGGCAGUUCCAAAAGACGAGGUAAUAACUCUUCAAAAAGCCGUUUCGAGGAAAUAAUGAUUUUGGAUCCCAUGAAGAGAAUGGCCAGUUCAAGGGAAAAUAGUAAGGGCCGUGUUUUGCAUGCGCUAUUGAACUCAAAUGAUGUGAUGGAUAACUUAAUUCGAAAUCAUUCAAUGUCAUCUGAAGGUGAUAAAAUUCAUCCUGAAGGUGAUUUGAAAGAAGAUUCUUGUGUUGAGGAGGUACUUGUAGGACAUGCAAGUCCAGUGCAACAGUGGAUGUCAAAAUUGGCAUCUCCUGAAUUUGGUAAAUCUGAGUCUUCUUUGCAAUUACCAAGAGGCAUAGAGGAAAAUACUUUGAAGGCAAAACUCCUUGAAGCAAGAUUGGAGAGCCAGAAAUCUCGCGCAAAAAUGUCUAGAGCUUCCUCUUAGGAUAUGGGAGAGGUAGAUAUGCCUGAAAUAACAAGGUUUCGUGGAAAGAACCUUUUGUAUGCUUGUAUGGCAAGAUCUUCGCUGACACAUUUUGUACUGCAAUGUUUCUAAUUUCUGCGAUAUAUUAGAUUUUGCACUAGUAAAUUUUGAAAUCACCUUUGUAGAUGUAAAAUGUGUUGGUACCAAGGUGGUAACAUGGAUGAGCUACAAUGUAUCAUGCUAUGAUAUCAGUUGGGUAUUUAAAUCGAUAGUUAAAAGUGUGUUUAUAA